AUGGCGUUUGACCGACAUACACUGCCAACUGGUGAUGAGGAAGCGUUGGCCGCAUCCGCCAACUUCACGGGCUUGGUGCUCCACCUCUGCAGCCUGCUGCAUGCGACGUGCUGCCAGGCACUGCGGCGUGACCCCAACCUGGGGAACCUGUCUUUACACGGCACCAAGGAGCCACCCACC